GGGCAUAUCUCUUUCGUUUCCCCGUAUAUCGCAGUUGGCGGUUCAAAGCCAAAACAAAUCCAAAAAACUUCUCCCUACAAACGCUUCUCGAUACCCCAUCCCAUCCACCGCCUCACCAUUCUACACUUCCUAAAAAACCCAGACAUGUCCCCAACGCUACUAACACCACCCUCCCAAUCUCGACUCGGCUGAUGGACCUCGCGGAUUCGACUCACCACCAAGCUCGUUCCGCUUCCACCAUCAAUCUCAAUGCAAUCCCUUCGUCUUCCUCUUCCUCAGCCUAUUCCCUAUCCCCCGACGACUUCGCCGUCUUCCGAACCUUCCACGACCACCCGCCGUCGUCGUCCGGACCUCCGGCGCACGUUCCCGGUGAUGCUUCUGGUUCGGGAUGCGCCGCCUGUGGUCGGCCGGAGGUUGGAGGAGACGUGGUGGUGUGCGAUGGCUGCGAACGUGGUUUCCAUCUCGGUUGCGCCGGAAUGCGUGGGCGGCAGGUGGUGGUGCUGGACGAGUGGAUUUGCCGGGAAUGUGUGAGCGACGGAGUGCCGAUUAAUCGGUGGGCGUUGGGAUUGAAAUCUUCGCUUCACAGUGACGGUGAAGGCGACGGGAGUGAAGAGUUUUCAGAUUCGAGAAAUCAUGCUCCAGGUGAUAAUUCUUUUGGUGCUCCAGUGACGUACUCAAACUCAUUGUACGUGGGAAAGGGAUUUGGGUUUCAAAAAUCAUCUGGUAUUGUGACUCUUGGUGUCAAAGAUAUAUUGCAUCGCACAUAUUCUGUGGUUAGAGGUUUUGAGGAGGCAGAUAUGCAAUCCCUUUUAGGAAGUGUUAGGAGUAGUAAUCAUACAGCUACUAGACAAGCACCUCAGAAUCCAAAUGAGAUGCAUUUGCAGGCUCUUAACGAGUUUAUAUCUGAAAGGCAUGGUGUUCUAGAAGAAGGUUGGUGUGUGGAAUUCAAAAGAUCCAUGGGCAAUGGUGAGCUACAUGCUGUUUACUGUGCUCCAGAUGGGAAGACAUUUGAUUCGAUGCCUGAAGUUGCCUGUCAUCUGGGGUUGAUGUCUAAUAGCAAUUCUGAAGAACCCAAAAAUGGAUGUGCUUCAUUGCAGAGGUCGCAUUUAGCCAAAGGAAGAAAGUCUGCAGUACUGUCAAUGGCUAAUAGUCUGUCUGAAAAUAACAAAAUUUUGAGUGGAUUAGGCAAGGAUCUCUCAUCUGAUUUUAAUACUAUGGGUUGCGCAAGCAAAUUUGAAAAUAAUGUAGAAGUAGUGGGAGCUAUGCCAAAAGAAAUCAGUGGGACCGGGCCCCAACAAUUUAAUGAGGGACUUCCAGUUCAAUAUGGAGAUUUCUUUGUGCUUUCUUUGGGAAAAGUUGAUACUAAACUGUCUUAUCAUAAUGGCAACCAGAUCUGGCCCGUAGGCUAUAAAUCCUGUUGGCAUGAUAAAAUUACUGGUUCCAUUUUCAUUUGUGAUGUGUCAGAUGGUGGUGGUUCUGGACCUAUUUUUAAGGUCAGCAGGUGCUCGUGCUCUAUAAUGUCCAUGCCAAAUGGUUCAACUGUUCUCUUUACACCAAAUGUUGGGCAAUUGGUUUGUGAAAACAAAAAAAAUGAUUAUGAUGAAUAUUGCAGUGUUCAGAUUCUUCUCACAGAUGCUUCCUCUCCAAUGGAAAAUGAUAUUUUAUCAUGCCCUGGCAGUUCUUCCGACAAAUCUUUUAGUGUUCAGACAUCAAAUUGCUUGCUUCUUGGAUCUGAUCCCUUUAGUGAAGGAUUCAGGAAUGUUUUACCUAAUACUUCAGUUUUGAGUGAGGAAAUUGGUGAAUUUUCUGUUGAAGAGUCAUCUUCAUCUUCCGCAUGGAGAAUGGUGUCCAAGAAAUUCGUUGAUGCUUGCCGUCAGAUCUUUAUGCAGAGAGGCACUCUUAAGUUGUUCUGUGAGCAUGUUGAAAAUGGGACAUCCUUAACUUUCUGUGACCAUAUAGAUGAAAAGGAUGAAGGACAUACUUCUUUGGCCAGAUUUUUCGGUUCAUCAUGCUCCAUCAAAAUCCCAUCUGUUAUCCAGGAUGACUCUGAGCUUGACACUGUGUUUAAAGUAUUGGCGAAAUGGCUGGAUCAGGAUAGAUUUGGAUUAGAUGUUGAAUUUGUGCAAGAAAUUAUAGAACAGCUUCCUGGUGUUCCUGCCUGCUCACAGUAUGUAUUUUUAGCGGAAAGGAGUGGGCAUUCUUCGUUUGUAACGGUUGGAAAUGGGCUCCUACUGGUAAAGACAAAGGAUGGAAUACAAGCCAAGGAUGAAGAAGCAUUAGAUGGUUUAUUUAGAGGCUGCAGAAGAGCCCGGACAGAGAUGGUUGAAGACCCUGUGCUGGAGAGUCCUCACCCUCCUCCUGGGAAGCCUAUUUGCUCAAAGCUUCCCUCUGAGAUUGUUGGUGAUGUUCUUCAGGUGUGGGAGUUCCUGUGGCGUUUCUAUGAAGUUUUGGGCUUACAGAACUCUUUGUCAAUUGAAGAACUUGAAGAGGAACUCAUUUGUCCAUGGUUUGAUGGCCUUACUCUCCUAGAGAGAUUUGGUGAGAAAAUCCAAGAAAGUCAUGAUAUUAUUUCUCCUAGAACUGAUGGUUUAAGCGAGCCCAUUGUAACCUCGUGUGCUGAAUCUGGGUCUGCAGUGACCACAGAAACUUUGCGUACUUUGAUAGAAAUGCAAACAAAAGUAAUGAAGGAAACAACCCAGGCUAUAAGGGAAUCAGUUACUAAUAGCAGCUGCAUGGGUAUUGCUUUAGCUAAAACUUUUUGCUCGCUGUUGAAAGUUCUAGUAGGGGAGCUGCAGUCCAAGGUUGCUCCAGAAAUAGACUCAAAUUUUGAUUCUGGAGGGUCAAAGCUAAAACGAGGCAAAAAGAAGGCUAUGGACUGUUCAGUUUCUACGAAGGGAACAAAGCUGAAUACACUUCCUAUUAAUGAACUGACCUGGCCAGAAUUGGCUCGGAGAUAUAUUUUGGCUGUUUCAUCCAUGGAUGGCAAUGUUGACUCUCCAGGAAUAGUUGCCCAUGAAAGUGGCAAAGUGUUUUGUUGUUUGCAAGGCGAUGGUGGGGUGCUUUGUGGCUCACUCACUGGAGUGGUGGGGAUGGAAGCAGAUGCACUGUUGCUUGCACAGGCUGGGAAGAAAAUUUUUGGUUCUUUGAACAGAGAGAAUGAUAUGCUGAGUAUAGAUGAUAGGGGAUCUGAUGCAACUAGUGCUUGUGAAAGCUAUGCUAAUAUUCCAGAGUGGGUACAGUUGCUGGAACCUGUUAGAAAGUUGCCCACAAAUGUGGGAGCCCGAAUAAGGAAGUGUGUAUAUAGUGCUUUGGAGAAAGGUCCGCCAGAUUGGGCAAAGAAAAUAUUGGAGCAUUCAAUCAGCAAGGAAGUUUAUAAAGGAAAUGCUUCUGGACCGACAAAGAAAGCUGUACUUUCAGUCCUAGCAAAUGCGUACGGUGAAGGAAUGCAGCAAAAACCUGAUACGGAAAGAAACAAGAAGGAUUUUGUAUCUAUAUCUGACAUGAUCAUGAAACAAUGUCGUGUUGUACUACGUCGUGUGGUGGCUGCUGAUAAAGCAAAAAAUCUCAACUUGGUGGGGAGAAAUUUGAUGAGUUGUAGUGAUCGUGAUGAUAAAGGGAUCCUUGGAUCUCCAGCUAUGGUAUCACGUCCUUUGGAUUUCAGGACAAUUGAUUUGAGAUUGGCAGUUGGGGCCUACGGUGGAUCUCAUGAAGCUUUUUUUGAGGAUGUUCAAGAGUUAUGGACAAAUAUGCGAAUUGCUUUUGUUGAUGAGCCUGAUUUGAAUCAGUUGGUUGAGAUAUUAUCUUCUAAUUUCAAAGGAUUGUAUGAGAAAGAGGUUGUCUGCCUAUUUCAGAAAUUUGUGCGGUAUAACAAAUUAGGAUGCUUAACUGCAGAGUCAAAGAUUGAAAUAGAUGAUUUUCUUGUCUCUUUAAGUCAACUUCCCAAAGCCCCUUGGGAAGAGGGCGUUUGUAAAGUAUGUGGCAUUGAUAAAGAUGAUAAGAGUGUUCUGCUCUGUGAUACUUGUGAUGCAGAAUAUCAUACAUACUGCUUGCAUCCUCCACUUGCAAGGGUUCCCCAAGGAAACUGGUAUUGUCCUUCUUGUGUUGCCAACAAACAUAAUGUUCGAGAUGCAUUAGAAUGUACCCCGACCAUUUGUCAUAACAGGAGAAAAUACCAUCGAGAAGUCACCCAUGUUUACUUGGACAAGGUCAAGCAUUUGGCAUCUGUACUGGAAGAAAAGGAGUAUUGGGAGUUCAGUGUAGAUGAGAGAAUGUUCUUGCUUAAAUUUCUUUGUGAUGAGUUGUUGAACACGGAUCUUAUUCGUCAACAUCUUGAGGAUUGUGUGGAAUUGUCUGCUGAUUUGAAAAAAAAAUUGCGUUCUGUUUCAAUUGAAUGUGGAAACUUGAAGUACAAAGAACAAACCCUAGCUGCAAAAAUUGCAAAGAUGGAUAAAUGCCCAUCUUUCAGUAAUAAUUUGGAAAAGUCUGCUGGUAACAGCCUUACUACAGAACCUUUGGAUGCUGAAGAUCGAUAUAAAGAUGUCCAAGCAAUUGUGGAGGGCAGCCAGUUAUCUGGAUACUUUUCUUGCUGCACAAUUAACCUUGAGAGGGAUAAAUCCUUCAGACAGAAGGAAUUACUUCCAUCAAAUCUCCAACAAGAAAUCAAGGACUCUACUCUGCCUUUUCCCGAAGAUCUGCAAGGAAUUCACUCUCCGUUGAACAUGAGGAGCUCCCUAAUAGUUGAGCACAAGCCCUCCCCAACUUUGAGUAAGUUACAAACCGACAGCCUUGAGUUGAAUUCAGUCAGGAAUCAGAUUUCACUUCUGCAGGAAUCCAUUUGCAGCAUGGAAAUGCAACUGAUGAAGAUAUCUGUGCGGAGGGAAUUUUUGGGUUGUGACUCAGCAGGCAGGUUGUACUGGGUCUUGGCCAAGCUGGGUAGACAUCCGUGGGUGAUUGUUAACACUCUGAACAGUGGGGAGAUGACACUGCAGCAGGGAGUGAAAAUAUCAUCUGGUUCUAGAGGUUCCUUUCCAUAUGUGCAUGAGCUCAAUGAUGUUAAUACCCUUUGUUUUCCAUGGGUCUCUUACCAAUCUGAAGCAGAAAUUAAAGAACUUGCUGGAUUUUUGAGAGAUGAUGACACAAAAGAAAGAGAACUGAAAGAAUCCAUUGUGCACUUGUUGAAACUAAAAUACCAAGAUUCUAAACAAACCGAAAAACAAGGUCAGGGUGAGCCUCUAAUGGCUUCGUCUGGGGCCACAAAUAGGGAAUUUUUUUUAUUUUCGAAAUCCCUAAUUACUAAGGCAACCAGUUUGCUCAAGAAAAAAUAUGAUCCACAGUUUGAGCCAGAAACCAGUGAAUUUUCAGGUGUAUUUUUUGAAGAUAAAUUUUUCAGGUGUAACUGCUUAGAACCUGUUUGGUCUUCUAGACAUCAUUGUCUUACAUGCCAUAAAACCUUCUUGACUGAAGUGCAACUCAAGGGUCAUAAUAAUGCUAUGUGCAAAUUAGGUCUUGCAGACUCCAAGAAGAGCAAAGGAAAUAGUGCUUUAAAGGGCAAGGGAAUGAUGAAAUCUGAGACUCUGCGAGAGGAACGCACUGGUGAAAUGGACGUCGUUCAAGAAUCAAAAAGUGGUAAUUUUGAGUUCAAUUCAAAAUUGAUUAAAUAUCAAAAUGAUGGUUUAUUAUGCCCAUUUGAUUUUGAAGAGAUCUGCUCCAAGUUUGUGACAAAGAAUUCUAUCGAGGAAUUGGUGCAGGAAAUAGGUCUUUUAGGUUCAAAUGGGGUUCCAUUGUUUGUCCCAUCUGUAUCUCCAUAUCCUAGUGAUCCUACACUGAUGCUAGCUUCCCCUAAAAGAGAUGUAGAUGUUUCAUGUAAAGAGCCCAAGACUGAUGAACAGCUAACUUUUACCCAGCAGGGGAUCAGGGUGACAAUUGAUGCAGGACUUGAUAUUUCUAGUAGUUCUAGAAGAUGUGCUGCAAAUGAACUCGCUGGUGCAUUUAAAUCUGAUAAUCCAGUCUUUGAAUCCAUGGGGCAGAAAGAUGAAAACUCGUCAUUUUUCUGUCGAGCUCCAGCUCCAGAGGUUGGUAACUGCUGUGUCAUUCCUGAGGCUGCACUAAGGCCAUUAGUAGGCAAAGCUUCUCAAUUCUUGAGGGUACUCAAGAUCAAUUUACUGGAUAUGGAUGGUAAAAUUCCUGAAGCAGCUCUGAGGCCGUCAAAAGCACAUUUGGAAAGGAGAUGGGCCUGGCGUGCAUUUGUUAAAUCUGCGGAGACCAUUUAUGAGAUGGUUCAAGCUGUAAUUGUAUUCGAGGACAUGAUUAAGAUGGACUACUUGAGGAAUAUGUGGUGGUACUGGUCCUCACUGACGGCUGCUGCUAAGAUACAUACCUUGUCUUCACUUGCUCUGCGUAUAUACUCUCUAGAUGCAGCGAUUGAUUAUGAAAAGAACUCUUCCAAUUUAGAUGAACCUAAACUUGCCAGCAAAACAGAUCAGAAGGCACGGUCUGUUUCACAUGCAACAGAGAAAUCGAAGCCACGCGGCAAAGUGAAAAGAAAAAGAGCUGAUUAGAGCAAAAUGGGCGUGGAGGGCAAACGGAGGGGAUGGAAGAGAACAGUUGGAAAGCUAUUUCGUUGUGUAUAAUGUAGGAAUCAAAGGCGUGAUGUUCAAACGGAUGCUAAAGUGGGAAGGCAGAUUUUGUUGAUCUAAUUUCAGAGGGAGGACAAUUCGAAUGCAUGCAAUUUUGAACUAUAUACUCUAGUUUUUUGUUUUUGCAGUUUGAAGGAGAGGUGGAUUGGUAAUUUUUUUUUUUUUCAGAGAACUGCUAGAUUUGGAGAAAUGUUGAGAAAAAGAAAAAAAAGAAAAAAAGAAAAAAGAAAAAAAGAAAAUAAUAGUUUAGUCUCUAUAGUUUUUAAUUUUUUUU